UUUUUCAUGGAAAAUAGAUCGGGAGUGAAAUCAUAAGUUAAAUAAAUUUUCUUAUAUCGAAUCUCUUAUUAGGUGCAUUAUUGUUCAAUUUUUGCUUUUUUGUUAAUUUAUACCAAAAGUGUUUAUGUUUUUUAAUAAAUUUAUUAUAUUUCAUAUCAAAAUCUUAAAUUAAUUUCCUAAACAAAGUGCUGAAAUGUGUCGCUAGAAAAGAAAUUACACACCAAAAAAAAGUAGAAAAAAAACGAAAAGAGGGCAAUGAACAAAGAAGUACACUACGAAGGCUGGCUGAUAAAAUCGCCACCAACUAAAAGGAUAUGGAGAGCUCGCUGGAGACGCCGCUGGUUCACUUUGAAACAAGGUGAAAUUCCUGAGCAAUUCUGCCUGGAAUACUACACAGAUCGAAAUUGUCGAAAGCUCAAAGGUGUCAUAGAUUUGGAUCAAUGCGAGCAAGUCGAUUGUGGGCUACGCUUGGAGAAUAGAAAGCAAAAGUUUCAGUACAUGUUCGAUAUAAAAACUCCUCGAAGAACUUAUUAUCUUGCAGCUGACACGGAAGCCGAUAUGCGUGAUUGGGUGAAUUGCAUAUGCCAAGUGUGUCAUUUGCAUGAUACAAAGCAGUCAAAUGAUUUGCAAGAUGAAAAAAUACAUAUCGCUAAAAGUCUAACAACAACCGAACAAUUUGUGCCAUCGAAUGAAACGACUAGCACAACAGUAAACACUUCUGGUUCCACACAACACGAAGCAUCCAUGACAAAGCAAUCAUCUAUGAGUUCUGAUUGUUUAAGACAAUCGGUUAUUAGCAGUGCAUCACAAUCAGGCAAUGAUUGUUCUUAUGUGAAUACCGAUUACUCGAAUAGAGAGACUAUGGUUUGUGGUGGAAACCAACCUUUAUAUGGGAAGAAACCAUCUCAGCCAGCACAAAAUAUGACAAAAGCCACUACGUCGUCAGGUUGGAAAUCAGCAGAUACACAAUCUCGUUUGGCUGUGAGUUCACAAGGGGUAGUUCGAAAAAUUCCCGAGAAUUUGGUAUUGAGUGCUACAACAUUGGUUGAAGGUAAUGUUGAGCCAUCGCCAGCAUUGAGUACAUCUUCGGGGCCUUACAUUCCAAUAAGUGAAUGCUAUUCGGGAAGUCCAAAGUUUAUGACGGAAGGUGGUAAUCCUUCGACACCACUCAAUAAUUUGGAUCCGAAAUUUUAUGAUACUCCUCGAAGUCAUAACAAUAUUGGUUUGAAUUUGACAAAUGAUCAAUCUUAUUCUCCCAAGAUAACGAAUUGUGGAUUGCAAACGACAUCUAAAGCACGCAGUGGCCGUUCGAGUCCAACUGAUUCUGAAAGUGUUUUUACCGAUGACGAUGAAUGGACGCAUCCUUUGCCGCUAAGAGAAAAUGUUGAUCGAAGCACACGCCCCUCUGAUAGUUCUGUUGAGAAUGAAUCUUUUGUGUUUACAUAUUCUCAAAGAUUCUCAAAAUUUCCUGGAGAUAAUAAAGACGAAGAAAGUUCUGAGCAUGCAGCCGAAAAUAUGUCGAAAGUUGUUAAACGAAAGAAAAAUUUAAGUCUCGAUAUAACGAACGAACAUGAAAAAGUAUUAAGAGAAAUGCCUCAAUUUUCGGAUACCGAAAACACUUCGCCUGCAAUUGGACCACGAGAUGCAUCAUCGUGUGUGGAAGAAAGUUAUGAUAUUCCGCGUUCACACAAUUUGCCUUAUUACAAUAUGAGUCAAUUAUUUGACAAAGUAAACAGCCCAGAGAAUCCUGUUGCGGCAUCAACCCCGAACCUAUUACUUGAUGCAGAACCGCUAUCAGCAACAAGUUCGAAUCGCACCUUACCACGACCCCAUUGCUACACAAAUGCAGCACCAACUAAAAUGGAAGGAAAUGUUUUUCGUUAUGAUUUUAUUGAUCAGUCUGCUUUGCCUCCAGUAAAUAGAAAGUUAAAACCGAAAGUAAGUCUGGAAGAUAGGCCUCCAGAAGAGCUGGCUGCAAAACCACCUCUUCAACACAACGGACAGGGUACGUUAACGAAGCUUACCAAAAAGCUGAUGUCUACAACAAUGAAUAACAGCGGUGAAAAUUCUCCCCUGCGCCCGCCACCAUCGGUCGAUAGAAAAUCAAAACCAAAUGCAUUUAAAGCACACGGUUUUUCUUCUUCUGGCUGUACCACCAGAAGAUCAGGUAUUCCCACAUCGAUGGUAAUACAGAACGAGAGUGACGCUUACGUUAUGGAGACUAGAACAUUACCCCGUCAACCACGAGGUCAUAUAUCAAGUGUUUACAGUAACACAGUAAAUCGGGCAAUGUCUCUCAGCAAACCAACACCACCAACUCCAACAACAACGCAAAAGAAUGAACAUAAACUCCAGUAUUUCGACUUGGACGUGUCAAAUCCACCUGCAAUGAAUCGUGCUAGCAUGAGUACUAGCAAUCUAACAGCUACCGGAUCAAAACUCGGUCUGUCAGCAGACCCUUCUGCUCGAGUUCCGGUUAAAAGCAGUGUUGUCUAUAAUUCAGUUGAUUUUGUUAAAACGGAUGCAUUUAAAAAAAUUCGAGAGGAAAGAAAAAUGGGUAUUAACAAGUAACUGCCUGGCUCAUUGUUUGAUUUCUUUUUAAAUAAAAUUAACAUAAACGCAUAUUAGAUGAAUUUUUCCAACUUGUUACUUUAUAUUAAUAAUAUCAAAAUAUACUCCACUGAAAUUAAUAAACAUUGUCCCAAAGUGCAUAAUAUUUAAUAAAUCAAUUAAUAUGAAAAAAUAAAA